UAGAAAACCAAAAGACAGCAAGCUCCCUGGUGACACUGGCGCCACAGUCUCUCUGCAGCAGCACACCGCGCCCUGGGCCAGGGCCAGGAGGAGGACCGGGCACCCCCGGGGAGCAGAGCUGAGAGGUGAGGCCGCGGGAGAGCCGGACCAGGACACGCAAAGCCACGAUGUCUCUGGGGAAACGCCGGCGUGCUCAGGGGGUCUUCAGGCUGUGGGUGUGGACGGUGCUCUGCUGCGGCUUCUCCGCGUACCACGGAACCGACGGCUGGACCUACCAUCACUCUCAAAAGCCCAUGACCUGGGAAAACGCGAGAAGGUUCUGCCAACAACAUUACACCGACCUCGUCGCCAUUCAGAACAAGGGGGAGAUCGAGUACCUGAACAAGACGCUCCCCUUCAGCCGCUCCUACUACUGGAUCGGCAUCCGGAAGGUGGGAGGCGUGUGGACCUGGGUGGGCACCAACAAGACCCUCACGGCGGAGGCCGAGAACUGGGGCGACGGGGAGCCCAACAACAAGAAGUCGAAGGAGGACUGCGUGGAGAUCUACAUCAAGAGGGCCAGGGACGCGGGCAAGUGGAACGACGACGCCUGCCACAAGCCAAAGGCGGCGCUCUGCUACACAGCGUCUUGCCAGCCCUGGUCAUGCAGCGGCCACGGCGAGUGCGUGGAGACCAUCAACAACCACACCUGCCGCUGUGACUCGGGGCACUACGGGCCGCAGUGCCAGUUCGUGAUCCCGUGUGAGCCUUUGGAGGCCCCGGAGCUGGGGACCAUGGCCUGUCAUCACCCCCUGGGCAACUUCAGCUACAGGUCACGGUGUACCUUCGGUUGCCCCGAGGGGACGGACCUCGUUGGGAGCACGGAGACCACCUGUGGGCCAUCUGGAAACUGGUCCUCUCUGGAACCAACCUGCCAAGCGAUUCGGUGCGAGCGUCUCACAGGACCUGAUUUGGGGAACGUGAGCUGUACUCACCCCUUGGACGAAUUUAGCUUCAACUCCUCGUGCACGUUCAGCUGCUCAGAAGGGACCGAGUUAAUCGGAGAGAACGAAACUACUUGUGGAUCGUCUGGAACCUGGUCGAGCCGCACUCCGAUAUGUCAGAAGCUGGACAGGAGCUUCUCCUUGAUCAAGGAGGGCGACUACAACCCCCUGUUCAUCCCCGUGGCCGUCAUGGUGACGGCCUUCUUGGGCAUGGUGUUCAUCAUUUGGCUGGCAAGGCGACUCAAAAAAAGCAAAAAGUCACAGAAAAGCCUGAACGAUCCCUAUUAGACCGCCCUCUGGGGCCGCAAGUUCUCUGGAUACUAACGCCUCCCUGGAUCCUCCCGCCCCCGCCCCCCCAUGAAAAGUUUCGCAUGUGGCGCCUCCUCCUCCACAGAGAUGGCGCAUGUCCCAUUCAGUGCAUCGGAAAGGAUUUCUGCAGGACCAGCCGCUGCUCCUCCCACCGCCUGCCUCGCCCGAGACUCCCGGCCUGCUGCUGUGGUUUAUGUGGCUCAGAGUUUUAUUCCCUUUUCCGUGGAGAGACAAGACCCCAGGGGAAAGGGUCACUGUGGAAUGUGAAGACAUCCGGUUUCUCGCUCUUUCUGGACUUUUGUUUCCCGUUCCAGCUCGGAGCUGCCCCUGACAACGUGCACUUCUAAAUGCACCGGGAAGUCCACACGUAUCAGCUGUGGUGCAGACCACCCUUUGCAUUGUGGGGGUACAUUCUUACGGAAAGUUAAUAAAACUCAUGUUAUCCUUGCCUUCCAACUCCUGCAAAGUAGUGGGGCUCAGCUCUGCAAGGGGAAAGUUCUCCCUGCACUGCAUGGCCCCAUCUAUAGAAGCAGGCCAUCCUAUGGGCCGCCUCCUGCCUCCCCUGUGCCCUGCUGCUCCCCUGGUCAGGGGCUGGCUCCCUGCCACAGCACCCCACGAGCACCACACCCGAGCAAAGAGAAGGCGGCCGGCCCGGCGCCUUGCUUUUGGAUUUGGGUUUUGCUGUCUCUCUCAAUUACGCCUGCCCAGAUUUCUUUCACAGCCGCUACAUUGUUGACAAAGAACAUCGCCAUCAGGAUGCAGCUGCUGACAACAUCUCUCCCUCUGAUGUCAUACAGGAGGGUUAAAACAAGUAGGAAGAGAUUCCUUGCCCCAUGCCGAGAUGCUCCUCCUUCCCUGCCCCAAGUUCUCAUAUCUGCCUACCUAGAUCCCAUCAUGCCUUACGCUUCAUCUCAAGGACCCCCACCCUCACCGCUGCUUUCUUGACUAGUCCUUACCUAGGGCAGCGCAUGGCCGUCCCCCCUUCCUGGCUGCCUACUGCGCGGUUAGUCUGAAAUAUGCGGUUUUGUACUUCAGUACAGCUUGGGUUUCGUUUUGUUUUGUUUUAAUGUGACCUACUUUGUUGUUUUAAAAACUAUCGUGUAUAUGUUUUCUCCCCAAUAAAAUUCCACCCUCCCUAAAGGCAGAGAUUGUG